UGUGGACGAUCCAAUCAUCAUCCUAAAAAAGCGUGCCCCUUUUUGCUUCUAUAUCCCUUUAUGUCUUAUUAUUAUUGUUAGUAAUGUUCUCUGCUAUUUGAUUUCCGGGAAACAAAGAGAAAACUGAUUAUUUUGCUUGAGAAUCAGCGUGCUGCUGCAGCUUCUGCUAACAACAUCACGGUACUGAUGCAUCCAAUUAGUAUGGACUCAGCUGAACGACGCAUGCAGGCCAUUAAUGCACAUCUUGUUGCCGCCGGCGACUCUCCUUCUCAGCUCCGUUUCAACCCCACAGCCGGCGAGUUCUUCUCUGAGCAGGGUUACAGUGUUGUGCUUCCAGAGAAGUUACAGGAUGGAAAAUGGAAUGUAUACAGGUCUGUCCGUUCUCCUUUGAAGCUCAUGAGCAGAUUUCCUGAUCAUCCUGAUAUUGGUACAUUACAUGAUAAUUUUGUGCAUGCUGUUGAUGCUUUCCGGGAUUACAAAUAUCUAGGCACACGUAUACGGGUUGAUGGAACAGUUGGAGAGUAUAAAUGGAUGACAUAUGGUGAAGCAAGUACUGCACGGACAGCUGUGGGUUCUGGCCUAAUGUAUCUUGGAAUACCAAAUGGAUCUUGUGUUGGAAUAUAUUUUAUCAACAGACCAGAAUGGCUCAUUGUUGAUCAUGCCUGCUCUGCGUACUCUUAUAUAUCAGUUCCUUUAUAUGACACUCUUGGUCCAGAUGCUGUCAAGUAUAUCACAAAUCAUGCUGAUGUGCGCGCUAUAUUCUGUGUGCCCCAAACUUUGAACCCUUUGCUGAGCUUCUUGUCCGAAAUUUCAACUGUACGUUUGAUUGUGGUUGUUGGAGGGAUGGAUGAUCAAAUGCCAUCUCUUCCAUCAUCAACUGGAGUUCAAGUUAUAACGUAUUCAAAACUACUUGGUCAGGGCCGCAGUAAUCCUCAGCCCUUCUGCCCACCAAAACCUGAGGAUGUUGCUACAAUUUGCUACACAAGUGGUACAACGGGUACACCAAAGGGCGCUGCAUUGACCCAUGGAAACUUGAUUGCAAGUGUUGCUGGGGCCAGUACUGCUAAUAGAUUUUACCCAUCAGAUAUUUACAUAUCAUACCUGCCUUUAGCACACAUUUACGAACGGGCAAACCAGGUCAUAACAGCUUAUUAUGGAUCUGCUGUUGGAUUCUAUCAGGGAGAUAAUAUGAAACUAAUGGAUGAUAUGGCUGCUCUAAGACCCACUAUCUUUUGCAGUGUUCCUCGGCUGUAUAAUAGAAUAUAUGCUAGUAUUACUAAUGCUGUAAAGACAUCUGGGGCAUUAAAGGAAAGGUUAUUCAAUGCUGCGUACAAUGCUAAGAAGCAAGCAAUUCUGAAUGGCAAGAAUCCAUCUCCAAUGUGGGACAGAUUGGUUUUCAAUAAGAUAAGGGAAAGACUUGGUGGGCGAGUUCGUUUCAUGGGAUCAGGUGCUUCACCCUUGUCUCCUGAUGUCAUGGAGUUCUUGAAGAUCUGCUUUAGUUGCCGUGUAGUUGAAGGAUAUGGAAUGACUGAGACCUCUUGUCUUAUAAGUUCCAUUGAUGAGGGUGACAACCUAAUUGGCCAUGUUGGCUCUCCUAAUCCAGCCUGCGAAAUAAAGCUUGCAGAUGUUCCAGAAAUGAACUACACAUCUGAUGAUCAGCCCUAUCCUCGUGGGGAAAUCUGCGUAAGGGGUCCCAUUGUUUUCCAAGGCUAUCAUAAAGAUGAAGCACAGACGAGAGAAGUAAUUGAUGCAGAUGGAUGGCUUCAUACUGGAGAUAUAGGACUAUGGUUACCUGGGGGUCGUCUGAAAAUUAUUGAUAGAAAGAAGAACAUUUUUAAGCUGGCACAAGGAGAGUACAUAGCUCCAGAGAAAAUUGAGAAUGUAUAUGCUAAAUGCAAAUUUGCUGCUCAGUGCUUUGUGUAUGGGGACAGCCUGAACUCCUCUCUGGUAGCCAUUGUUUCGGUGGAUCCAGAUGUUUUGAAAGCAUGGGCUGCUUCUGAAGACAUUAAGUAUGAAAAUUUGGAACAACUAUGCAAUGAUCCAAGAGCGAGGGCUGCUGUUCUUGCAGACAUGGAUGCUGUUGGAAGAGAAGCUCAGCUCCGAGGUUUUGAAUUUGCAAAAGCUGUGACUCUAGUGCUGGAACCAUUUUCAAUGGAAAAUGGUCUUCUCACUCCAACAAUGAAGAUUAAGAGACCUCAAGCAAAGGCAUAUUUCAAGAACGCAAUAUCAAAAAUGUGCGCAGAACUUGCUACAUCUGAUCCUUCGCCUAAAGGGAAGUUGUGAAGUUGACAGGGGAGGCAUAGAAACAAAGAAUCAUGUUCAAGAAUUUUACAACCUCCUUUAUAUGACAAUAAGAUUAACAUCUGCAGAUGUGGGAUAGCAAAAGGCAUAGAUUUUGCUCGCUGUCCGAGCAUUCUGCGAUAUUCUCUCUAUUGGGUUUUCUGCUUUUCUCCCCUUCUCGUUCUUUGGAAUAGUUUAUACAAACAUGCAUAAUUCUGUUUCUCGAAAAUAAAUUUAAAAAAAAGAAAAAGAAAAAAGGCAUCUAGUGAGCAGAUGAUGUGUUGACGAUUGCCAUGCCUCCUGACCGUGCUAUCUUGUUUCUGCCUUUUCACCUUUGGAAAAAGGAAAAAAAAAAAAAAAAUUCUAGUGAAUUAUUUAUUUUAUAAAAAUUAUUAAAUUAACCAAAAA